AUGACUAUGGUGAAGAUGGGCCGGCGGCGAGGGCGGAUCCCCUCUGGAGGCCAGCGACGACCAACAAGGUUGGAAGCUGGUGAUGAGGCCGCAGGACAGGAGGCCGGCAGCGGGGCAGCCGGACAGGAGACCGGCGACAUGGCAGCCGGACAGGGGGCCGGCGACGUGGCAACAGGACAGGGUGCCGGCAACGUGGCAACAGGACAGGGUGCCGGCAACAUGGCAGCAGGACAGAGGACCGGCAACAUGGCUACAGGACAGGGAGCCGGACAGAGGACCGGCAACAUGGCUACAGGACAGGGAGCCGGACAGAGGACCGGCAACAUGGCAACAGGACAGGGUGCCGGCAACGUGGCAACAGGACAGGGUGCCGGCAACGUGGCAGCAGGACAGAGGACCGGCAACAUGGCUACAGGACAGGGAGCCGGACAGAGGACCGGCAACAUGGCAACAGGACAGGGGGCCGGACAGAGGGCCGGCAACAUGGCAACAGGACAGGGAGCCGGCAACAUGGCAACAGGACAGGGAGCCGGCAACAUGGAAUCAGGACAGGGAGCCGGCAACAUGGCAACAGGACAGGGAGCCGGCAACAUGGCAGCCGGACAGAGGGCCGGCAACAUGGCAACAGGACAGGGAGCCGGCAACAUGGCAACAGGACAGAGGGCCGGCAACAUGGCAACAGGACAGAGGUACUUCUUCUACGCUAGCAGACACCAGCACAACUUCAGCAUUGCCAGGCUCUCUUACUACAACACCCACAACAAAACACAGCAGUGCAUCGACAGAUAUCAGUCCAUCCCUGCCAUCCGCAGUCUCUUCAAGAGCAACAACCUACCCAACAAGCAGCACUACUGCACUGCUAGAUGUGAGCACAGGAUCAGUGUCCAUAAUGUCCACUACAACAGCAACCAGUCAAAAGAGUAG